AAUUAUAUUGUUUCCUCUUUCUUUUUCAUUGCCUUUUUUAAAGGGCAAGUAUUACAUACUUGACUUUGAUUCUCGAUAAAUAAAAAUAAACGGAGGGAAUAUUAUAAAUAAAAGUUAAGAACAUCUCCCAAUCAAUAUAAGAAAAAUACCAUACGUUUAUUAGAAUAACAAUAACAAAAUCCCACUCAAAAUAAUUUUUUCUUAAAAAAAAAGACUAGAAUUUUUUUAUUUUUUUUAAUUAUGGCAACGGCGGCGAUUGAUUUAUUGAAGAGUGAAAUUCCGGUGGAGGAAGAUGAACCGUUGAUUCUCUCCGGCGACAUUAACACCGGUUUAGUACUCGUUGAUAUCGUUAAUGGCUUUUGCACCGUCGGAGCUGGCAAUUUGGCUCCAGUAGCACCUGAUAAACAAAUUUCAGCAAUGGUUGAUGAGUCGGUUAAACUUGCAAAAAUGUUCUGUGAGAAGAAAUGGCCUAUUUAUGCUCUUUGUGAUUCUCAUCAUCCGGAUGUGCCUGAACCACCUUAUCCUCCUCAUUGCAUUACCGGAACAGAUGAAUCUAAGUUGGUUCCUGCUCUGCAGUGGUUGGAAAAUGAACCAAAUGUAACACUCCGAUGCAAGGAUUGUAUUGAUGGGUUCCUUGGUUCGCUCGAGAAAGAUGGAUCUAAUGUCUUUGUAAAUUGGGUGAAAGCUAAUGCAAUUAAAGCUAUAUUGGUUGUCGGGAUAUGCACAGACAUAUGCGUGCUUGAUUUUGUGUGUUCUACGUUAUCUGCAAGGAACCGUGGAUUUCUCACUCCCUUGGAAGAUGUGAUCGUAUAUUCCCAAGGCUGUGCUACUUUUGAUCUUCCAGUCCAGAUAGCCAGAAAUAUAAAAGGAGCUUUGCCUCAUCCACAGGAAUUGAUGCAUCACAUAGGCCUUUACAUAGCCAAAGGAAGAGGAGCAAAAGUAGUUUCGCAUAUCUCAUUUGACACAACGACUAAGGAGACCUAAUUGUUGAACUCAGAAUGGAACUGCUAGAGCUAUUGCAGACCUCACAAAGAGCUUCUUAGCUUGCUUAGUCUAUGUUAAGGUAUAUAAAGAUAAAUUUGUCCAUAGGCAACUUUCUUGUCCAGUUGGAUGUGCAGCUAACUUUGUUUGUUCCAAAGCUACUUAUACUUGUUCCGUAUUGUAUUAAUUAUCACACGGUCAAUGCCAAAUAAAUUUGUCAAUAGGCAACUUUUAUUGUUCA